CUCUCCCGAGAACCCCAAAUGCCCUCCUCCCGAAGUAUGGGUGCUCUUCCCCUGCCCCAGGUCGCUUGCUAGGGUACCCUGUACCAAAACUAGCGUAUCCAGGUGCAGACCGUGUAGCCACCGUAAGAGGUAGAGCCACCUGGACACCUGGGUCCUGGCGAGGCCCAACUGGCUUUAGACCCGCGCUCUGCCCCUCCGCGCGUGGGACGCCGCACCUGCGAUUUUCUGGCGAUCCUGGAGGCCCAGAAGCGGAGCGUGACUCCUCCCCGUCAUCCGUUGGUCCCCGCCAGGCGGCGCAGUUUGCUGAGUCCGGAUUCCCCUGCGGCUGGGAGCCCUGGACACCCAGGGUGCUGAAACAGGCCCGAGAGAGGCGCUGAACAGGCCUGUGAGAGAACAGUCUGCCACUCGGAAUGAGUUUUCCUCGUGGAGAUGCAGAAGGCCUCGGUGCUGCUCUUCCUGGUCUGGGUCUGUUUCCUUUUCUACGCUGGCAUUACCCUCUUCACUACUGGCUUCCUUCUCACCCGUUUGGAGCUCACCAACCAAAGCAGCUGCCAUGAGCUCCCAGGCCCUGGGUCCCUGCCAUGGGGGAGCCAAGGGAAGCCUGGGGCCUGCUGGAUGGCUUCUCGGUUCUCUCGGGUUGUGUUGGUGCUGAUAGAUGCUCUGCGAUUUGACUUUGCUCAGCCCCAGCGCUCACACGUGCCUGGGGAGCAUCCUGCCUUCUUGCCCUUCCUGGGCAAACUAGGCACCUUGCAGAGGAUCCUGGAGAUUAAGCCUCAUCAUGCCCGACUAUACCGAUCUCAGGUUGAUCCCCCCACCACCACCAUGCAGCGCCUCAAGGCCCUCACCACUGGCUCACUACCUACCUUUAUUGAUGCUGGCAGUAACUUCGCCAGUCAUGCCAUAGUGGAAGACAAUCUUAUUAAGCAGCUCACCAGUGCAGGAAGGCGUAUAGUCUUCAUGGGAGAUGAUACCUGGAAAGACCUUUUUCCUGGAGCUUUUUCCCAAGCUUUCUUCUUUUCAUCCUUCAAUGUUAGAGACCUACACACAGUGGACAAUGGCAUCUUGGAACACCUCUAUCCCACCAUGGACAGUGGUGAAUGGGACGUGCUGAUUGCUCACUUCCUGGGUGUGGAUCAUUGUGGCCACAAGCAUGGCCCUCACCACCCUGAAAUGGCCAAGAAACUUAGCCAGAUGGACCAGGUUAUCCAGGGACUUGUGGAGCGUCUGGACAAUGACACACUGCUGGUGGUGGCUGGGGACCACGGGAUGACCAUGAAUGGGGACCAUGGAGGGGACAGUGAGCCAGAGGUCUCAGCUGCACUCUUUGUGUACAGCCCCACAGCUCUGUUCCCCAGCACCCCACCAGAGGAGCCAGAGGUGAUUCCUCAAGUCAGUCUCGUGCCCACACUGGCCCUGCUCCUAGGCCUGCCCAUCCCAUUUGGGAACAUUGGAGAGGUGAUAGCUGAGCUAUUCUCGGGUGGCAAGGACCCCCUGCCUCAUUCCUCUGCUCUAGCCCAAGCCACAGCUCUCCAUCUCAAUGCCCAGCAGGUGUCCCGAUUUCUUCACACCUACUCAGCUGUUACUCAGGACCUCCAAGUUAAGGAGCUUCAUCAGCUGCAGAAUCUCUUCUCCAAGGCCUCUGCUGACUACCAAUGGCUUCGGCAGAGCCCCCAGGGGGCUGAGGCAACAUUGCAGACUGUAAUUGCUGAGCUGCAGCAGUUCCUGCGUGGAGCUCGGGCCAUAUGCAUUGAGUCUUGGGCCCGUUUCUCUUUAGUCCGCAUGACGUGGGGUGCUGCCCUCUUGGCUGCUUCCUGCUUACUCUGCCUGCUCUCAUCCCAGUGGGCAACAUCCCCGGGCUUCCCCUUCCGCCCUCUGUUGCUGAUUCCUGUAGCCUGGGGCCUUUCUGGUGCCAUACUGUAUGCUGGACUCUUGGCAACUAAUGGGCUGCAGCUGGAUCCAGUGAUUCUAGGGUCUGUGAUUGCAACAGGCUCACUCCUCCCUUUUCUGUGGAAAGCCUGGGCUGGUUGGGGGUCCAAGAAGCCCCUGGCAAUCCUACUUCCCAUUCCUGGGCCUGUCCUAUUACUCCUGCUUAUUCGCUUGGCUGCCUUCUUCUCUGAUAGUUUUGUUAUUGCUGAGGCCAGAGCCACCCCCUUCCUUUUAGGCUCACUCAUAUUUUUCCUGGUUGCCAGGCUUCACUGGGAGGGCCAGCUGCUGCCACCUAAGCUGUUCACAAUGUCCCGCCUUGGCUCUUCUGCCCCAACAGGCCCUCCACGGCACAGUGGUGCAUAUGCCCUAAGGCUUGGAGUUGGGUUGCUUUUAUGUACAAGGCUAGCUGGGCUUUUUCAUCGCUGCCCUGAAGAGACACCUGCUUGCCACUCCUCUCCUUGGCUGAGUCCUCUGGCAUCCAUGGUGGGUGGUCGAGCCAAGAAUUUGUGGUACGGAGCUUGUGUGGGGGCACUGGUGGCUCUAUUAGUUGCUGUGCGCCUAUGGCUUCAACGCUAUGGAAAUCUCAAGAGCCCAGAGCCCCCUGUGCUCUUUGUGCGCUGGGGGCUGCCUCUCAUGGCACUGGGCACUGCUGCCUACUGGGCAUUAGCAUCAGGAGCAGAUGAAGCACCUCCACGUCUCCGGGCCCUGGUUGCUGGGGCAUCAGUUGUGCUGCCUCGGACUGUGGUAGGGCUGGCUGCUUCAGGGCUAGUGCUGCUGCUCUGGAGGCCUGUAGCAGUACUGGUGAAGGUUGGAGCUGGUGCCUCAAGGACCAGGACUGUCCUCACUCCCUUCUCAGGACCCCCCACUUCUCAGGCUGAUCUGGAUUAUGUGGUCCCUCAAAUCUACCGACACAUGCAGGAGGAGUUCCGGGGCCGGCUAGAGAGGACCAAAUCUCAGGGUCCCUUGACUGUGUCUGCCUAUCAGUUGGGGAGUGUCUACUCAGCCGCUAUGGUCACAGCCCUCACCCUGUUGGCCUUCCCACUUCUGCUGUUGCAUGCAGAGCGCAUCAGCCUUGUGUUCCUGCUUCUGUUUCUGCAGAGCUUCCUUCUCCUGCAUCUGCUUGCUGCUGGGAUUCCUAUCACCACGCCUGGUCCUUUUAUUGUGCCAUGGCAGGCAGUCUCAGCUUGGGCCCUCAUGGCCACACAGACCUUCUACUCCACAGGCCACCAGCCUGUCUUUCCAGCCAUCCAUUGGCACGCAGCCUUUGUAGGAUUCCCAGAAGGUCAUGGUUCCUCUACUUGGCUGCCUGCUUUGCUAGUGGGAGCCAACACCUUUGCCUCCCACCUCCUCUUUGCAGUAGGUUGCCCACUGCUCUUACUCUGGCCCUUCCUGUGUGAGAGUCAAGGACCAAGGAAAGGGCGACAGCCCCUAGGGAGUGAAGCUGAGGCCAGAGUCAGGUCUGAAGAGGAGGAGAAGGAACCACUGAUGGAGAUGCGGCUCCGGGAUGCACCUCACCACUUCAAUGCAGCACUGCUGCAGCUGGGCCUCAAGUACCUCUUUGUACUUGGCAUUCAGAUUCUGGCCUGUGCUUUGGCAGCCUUCAUCCUCCGCAGGCAUCUUAUGGUCUGGAAGGUGUUUGCCCCCAAGUUCAUUUUCGAGGCCAUAGGCUUCAUUGUGAGCAGCGUGGGACUUCUCCUGGGCAUAGCUUUGGUGAUGCGAGUGGAUGGUGCUGUGAGCUCCUGGUUCAGAAAACUAGUUUUGAUUCAACAGAGGUAGCCCAGGCUGUGGAGGCAGGUACCUGGCUAUGGAGACAGCUGGAGAAUAAUCCAGCCUGGCCUAUACAGGUGCUGGAUGACCUGCAAGGGAGCUUCUUACCACCAAGCAGCCAGGGGCUGCUGGCUCUGGAACUUUGUUAUUUUAUAAUUCAGUAUCACAGUGGAGCCUGAUCCCUAACUCCUGAUUUGGAUGAAUCUAAUGAACUACAGGGAUGGUCUCUAAAGUGGAAUAAAAUAAUAAUGUAAAUAUGUGUGUCUGAGAUGUGGAGGAGCCCUAGUAGGGAAGGUCAGUUUCCUCUCCCACAAGGCACAGAUUGGAUCUGCCAUCUUUGACAGGGCUUGCUACACCAAUAGGUUGGAGUUCUCUGAAUUCACUGCCCCCAAAAUCAUUCCUAUUACCACCUGCCAUUUUCUUUUGCAACUCAACAUAUUUUAUUAAAUUCUCUGCUUUUGGCUAAUAAUAGAAGAUUGAAAAGACAAGAUAGGCAUCAUGGAGCAAACAGACUUUUACCGAAGCCCCAGAUAGUGCUGUAUCCUUUCACCCUUUCACUCUAGAAAGUCCUUUGCCCUUUGCUUCUGUGGAAGAUUCUAGUUUCCCAUCCUGUGCUACCCAUCUUAUACAGCAUUCCACCUUGUCCCAUUGAUUAUUCAUGAUUUGAAGCCAAAUGUCUGUUUGUCUCUCUCUGUGUCUCUCUUCUCUUCCUCCCCUGCCCCUAAUCCUGGAAAUUGAACCCAUAGCCUUGUGCAUGAUAACCAAGCGUUCUACCACUUGAACUACAUCCCAAGCCCUUUGUUUUUCUGUUUAGGUUUUAGACUUAAUCUAAGCCAAAAGGCCAAAAAGCAAAAAAAAAAAAAUUUUUAGUGGGAGUGGGGGACAGGCUGG